AUGACUGCGUUUGACUUCUCGGAUAUAGAGGCGUUUCUGGACUGCCACCCGGACCUGUUCGAGGAGUAUCUGGUUCGGAAAGCGAAAUGUGAUCAGGUGAGCAGGUGGCUGAAGGAGCAUCAGCCGUCGAAAGUGUCCACAGUCGAGGAGAAGCGCGGCGCCGCCACGGACCCGCUCUGGCCGACCAACGCCGACGGGCUCCGGCGCAGAUCGUCCCACAUGGAGCUGCGACGGAACUUCGCCCGGUCCAAAGCCACCACCGCGCACCGCACCUACGACGAGCAUGUGAGCCUGAGCGAACACGAGUCCCAGUCCAGCAUGAGGCGCCGUGCGCUCCUGCGUAAAGCCAGCUCUCUGCCUCCGACCACGGCGCACAUCCUGAGCGCCCUGCUGGAGUCCCGGGUCAACGUGCCCCAGUACGCGUCCAGCGCCAUUGACUACAAAUACAGACUCAAAGAAACAAACGAGAGGGAGUUUUUCUUGGAGUUAGUGAAGGACAUCUCCAAUGAUUUGGACCUGACAAAUCUGAGUUACAAGAUCUUGAUAAACGUGUGUAUCCUGGUGGAUGCGGACAGGUGCUCACUUUUCCUCGUUGAGGGACCCGCUCACAAGAGGACUCUGGUGUCCAAGUUCUUUGAUGUGCACUCAGGCACCACAGUCAGACCAUCAUCCAGCACCCUGAACUCCAAUGAAGUGCAGGUGCCAUGGGGAAAAGGUAUAAUUGGCUAUGUGGCAGAGCAUGGAGAGACUGUAAACAUCUCAAACGCAUAUGAGGAUCACCGCUUCAGUGAUGAGAUUGACAAGUUAACCGGUUACAAGACUCAGUCCAUCCUCUGCAUGGCCAUUUGCAACAGUGAUGGAGAAGUUAUUGGUGUUGUACAAGCCAUUAACAAAAAUCCAAUGGGCACCCCCUUUACUGAGGAUGAUGAGAAGGUGCUGCAGAUGUAUUUGCCAUUCUGUGGAAUAUCGAUUUCUAACGCCAAGCUGUUUUCGGAAUCUCGCAAGGAGUAUGAAAGAAGUCGGGCUUUGCUCGAGGUGGUCAAUGACCUGUUUGAGGAGCAAACCGACCUGGAGAAGAUUGUCAGGAAGAUCAUGCAGCGAGCGCUGACCUUAUUACAGUGCGAACGCUGCUCUGUGCUUCUUCUGGAGGACAUCGACUCACCUGUUGUGAAGUUCUCCAAGACGUUUGAACUCAUGUCUCCUUUGUGCAACAUGGACCGAGAUAUCAGCAUGGAGAAGUUAUCCUGUUCCGACUGGCUGAUCAAUAACAGCAUUGCUGAGCUGGUGGCUUCCACAGGACUGCCCGUUAACAUCAGCGAUGUGUGUCAGGACCCACGCUUUGAUGCCGAGGCAGAUCAGGCCUCAGGCUUCCACAUCAGAUCAGUGUUAUGUGUCCCAAUCUGGAAUCGCACCCAUCAGAUAAUCGGGGUUGCACAGAUUCUGAAUCGACUGGACAGGAAGACUUUCAAUGAUGCAGAUCAGAGACUGUUUGAGGCAUUUGUGAUAUUCUGUGGGCUUGGAAUCAACAACACUAUGAUGUACAACCAAGUUAAGAAGACGUGGGCCAAACAGUCUGUAGCACUGGAUAUGUUGUCCUACCAUGCUACCUGCUCCAAGGUGGAAGUUGACAGACUUAAGGCCGCCAAGAUCCCCCUGAGCAGUGAGUUAGGCAUCGACGAGUUUCACUUCAACGACUUCUCUUUGGACAAUGACGCCAUGAUCACCGCGUCGCUCAGGAUGUUUCUGGAACUUGGUGUCGUCCAAAAGUUUAAAAUUGACUAUGAGGUUUUGUGCCGCUGGCUUCUGACUGUGAGGAAGAACUAUCGAACCGUGGCAUAUCAUAACUGGAGACAUGCUUUCAAUGUGUCGCAGUGCAUGUUCGUUAUGAUCACAACCGCCAGCUUCCAGGAUGUCCUGUCAGAUGCAGAGACCCUGGCUCUGAUGGUUGGCUGUUUGUGCCAUGACUUGGACCAUCGAGGCACCAACAACGCAUUUCAAGCCAAGACAGGCUCCGCUCUGGCUCUGCUUUAUGGAACAUCGGCCACCCUGGAGCAUCAUCACUUCAACCAUGCAGUCAUGAUCCUGCAAAGUGAGGGUCACAAUAUCUUUGCAAACCUCUGCUCUAAGGAAUAUAGCAACAUGAUGCAACUAUUGAAGCAGGCUAUUCUCUCCACAGACCUUACUUUGCACUUUGAGCGCCGAACCAAGUUCUUUGAGUGUGUUCUGUCUGGAGAAUUCAGCUGGACGGAUGAAGGACACAGAGAAGUUCUCAGGUCUAUGCUGAUGACAGCGUGUGAUCUCGGUGCGGUCACUCGUCCUUGGAAGAUAUCUAAACAGGUGGCAGAGCUGGUGACCAGUGAGUUCUUUGAACAAGGCGACAGAGAGAGGUCUGAGCUUAAGUUAACCCCAGCAGCCAUCUUUGACCGCAAUCGCAAAGAUGAACUACCUGCCUUACAGUUAGAAUGGAUCGAUGGGAUCUGUAAACCUCUUUACCAGACGCUGCUGAAGCUCAAUAGGAAAUUACAGCCGAUGCUGGACGGGAUAGACGCCAAUCGACAGAAGUGGCAGGACCUCUGCUUGUCCUAUCAGCAGACGCGCAGAGCCUCAGUGUCCAAUCUGAGUAAUGAACCAGGUCAGAAUACCGAGCCCAGUGAAGAUACAGAAACCAGUGAAUGCCCCAAGACUACAGCGACAGUGAAACUAGAUGAAAACAAAAAGUUUGGGUUAAAGUCUAAAUGCAGCCAGAAUCUGAAGUGGAGAUUAAACAAAGAACCCAGUGAUGAUGAAGCCACAUCAGCUGGCAAUGUAACACCUGCAGGAAAUAAAUAA